AUGACUCAUCCGUUAAGAGUAGAUGAUUUUGUUGAUGAACUUAAAAAAUAUGAUAGAAAAGAAGAUUUUAUGACUUUAAUGAAAUCAUAUGAAUAAAGGUAUUCUAAUAUUCAAAAUUAGAUAUUAUGAUUAAUUUGAAUAAUUUGCAAAUAAUAAUUUUCCUCCUGAAUUAUAGAGGUAGCAAAUACCUAAACAAGAAAAUUAAUUCAAACAAUAACCUUAAUACUAAAAACCCCCUGUUGUUCGCUCAAGUUCUGCAAAUAAAUUAGAUUAUUAAGAUCAAUACUAAGUAUUUCCUUAAUAGUAAAUUUAACCACCUUAAAUACCCUAUAUACCUUAAAAACAGCAAUCAAGAGGAGAAAUUUAAGAUCCUUUUAAGAGACCAUAGGAUCAAUUUGAAUAUCGAUUAAAUCCUGUUACUCAAAAGGAUCCCUUUAGAGAUUUAAAUAAAUAACAAUAUAUUACAUAACAAAGAAAUCAUGCAUCAAUUCCAACUUAAUAAAUUCCAUUUUCCCCUUUUUCUCAAGGAUAAUCUGUAAUAAAUAAUGCUUAAUAAUUGGGCCAACCUUUUGGUAAUUAAGUUGGGGUAGUUCCAAUUAAUAAUCAAACAUUUCAGAAUUACGGAGUUUAAUAAUAAUAGUUUUAAGAACAAUCAAUAUACUAAUAAUAGCAAACUGCGUCUUACCCAAAAACUUGGUAAAACUAAUAAUAGUAAAUGGAUACAUUUCUUAAUGAUAUAAAAUCUUAAAGAAUCUAGAAGCAAUAAUAAUACAAAUGA